AUGCGUCAAAAAUUAUCAUCGUUAAAUUCUUUUCUUUGUAAAAAAUUUACUUGGGAAGAAUUAUCUAAACAUAAUAAAUCUGAUGAUGCAUAUGUUGCAAUUCGUGGUAAUGUUUAUGAUAUUACCAAUUUUAUAAAAUAUCAUCCUGGUGGUGAGGAUAUUUUAUUAUUUGCCGCUGGCAGAGAUGCAACCCAGGCUUUUGAAACUUAUCAUGAACUUGGUAAACCUGAUCUCAUACUAAAAAAACAUUUUGUUGGAAUAUUAACAAGUAAUGAAUUACCUAUAUUUCCUGAACCAAGUGAAUUCCAUAGAACAGUUAAAAAAAGAGUUGAGGAAUAUUUUAGAAAAAAUAAAAUCGAUCCAAAGAAUAAAUCAAGUAUUUGGAUUCGUUAUGCCAAUAUUUUUAUAACUCUUUUUGCUUCGUAUUAUGCCCAAUUUUAUUUGCAAUAUGUUGUGGAAAGAAUUUGGUUACAAAUUUUAUUUGCGAUUGUAUUUGGAUUUGCAUCUGCACAGAUUGGAUUAAAUCAAUUACAUGACGCAUCGCAUUUUUCAGCUGAUCCUGAUUUUCGUCGUAUUAAACCAAGUCAACGUUGGUACUCCAGAUAUAUAAAUCAACAUGUUUUUGUGCCGUUUUUAUAUGGUCUAUUAGCAUUUAAAGUUAGAAUUCAAGAUAUAAUUAUAGUUUAUAUUCUCAAAUCAAAUGAUAACAUCAGAAUUAAUCCCUUGACCACUUCUCACACUUUAAUAUUUUGGGGCGGAAAGGCAUUUUUCAUAUUAUAUCGCAUAAUAAUACCAUUGUUAUUAUUACCUGUAUGGAAAGUUUUAAUUUUGUUUGUCAUUGCUGAUAUGAUUACUUCUUAUUGGUUAUCAUUGACAUUUCAAGCAAAUCACGUUGUCGAAGAAGUUGAAUGGCCAUUACCGGAUAAAAAUAAAUUUAUAGAAAAGGAUUGGGCAGAAAUGCAAAUUGUAACAACGCAGGAUUAUGCUCAUGAUUCUUACUUUUGGACUACUAUGGUUGGCUCAUUAAAUUAUCAAGCUGUACAUCACAUCUUUCCUCAAGUUUCACAGCAUCAUUACCAUGAUAUUGCUCCUAUAGUUAAAGAAACUUAUUAUGUAGCUGAUAAUAUUAAAUUCCCGGUCUGGACUGGAUUUCAUCCUGGAAAAGUAGCAGAGGCAGUAAAUUCAGUACAAAAAAUUGGAAAUUGA